AAAAGGUAUAAAAAAAAAUUACGACUCCAACUUGUUCAUGUGGCAUGUAGCCGACCUAUUUUUUAAGGAAUAAUUUCAAAGAAUUGUGGAGUAUAAAAGGGAUACCCUGGCCUUAGGAAAGCAGUUCAGAGGAGCCUUCGGACAACAACCGUCAACUCCUAUACAACAGUAGACUCUGAACUCCGAUCAUGCAUCCAGUACUUUCAAUCAUGCUCCUGGUGAGCACCGCCUGCCUGGCUCACUACAGAGGCUACGAGUCCCGCAACCUUAUCGAGAGGGACGAGCCGCGCAAAUCGGAAGGCAUAUUGGUGGAAUGCCCAGUCUGCGAGCCUUCACCCAGCGGCAUCCCCACUGGUGAGGUGUGCGACGUGUCCAAAGGCAACAAGAUGUACAAGCGCUGUCUGCGGGGCACCUACAUCAACGAAGUGUGCGGCAACCGCCUGGACUGCUACCGGGGACCAAAAGAACAGUGCACCGAGAAAAUGGUCUUCGAUUACUACGACCAAAGAUGCGCCCACGGUUUCCUCUGCGACGAUACUUUCCACCAGUGCACCGGCCUGGGCUAUACGCCGGACAGCCGCCAGCGCUUCUACCUCAGCCAGAUGCGCAACGGCAUCUACGGCCACGUGAAGUAAGACGAACUGCCCGAAAAUUCUCUCAUGAUGAUUGCGUAAAUGGUUUAAUGCUUUGAUCACCAAGAAACCUCAUGACUGCUCAAUAUUUUUUAAUUU